AGCGCACGGGUGCCUCACCCAGACCUGCAGUGCCCUGGUUGAUCUCCAGUUCUCCGCUUCCCUUGUUUGGAAGAUGAAGGGGUGGUGAACACGCCUGGCAACCUUCACCUUCUUUCCCACCUGGGUUCCUCUUUGAACCGGACCUGCCUCUGCCCUCUUGGGCUCCUGUGGGACCAUGCGCAGCGAGUCCUUGUCCAUAUUCACCAUUCUCUGGUGCCUCUUUAAGGGGAGCGUCGGCAUCACCAGGAGAUACUACAUUGCGGCGGUGGAAACAGAUUGGGACUAUGCGCCUGUCAGCCAGAAGGGGGUGUCGUCCUCCACUCCAUCCACUCAGUACAGGAAGGCUGUAUAUGUGGAAUAUACAGACUCUACCUUCAAGCAAACUAAAUCCAAGCCUGCCUGGAUGGGUCUUUUGGGCCCCACCAUCCAAGCAGAAGUCCACGACAAGGUGGUUGUAACCUUUAAGAACCUGGCUUCCCAGCCGUUCAGCAUCCAUGCCAUAGGGGUGUCCUACUGGAAAGCUUCAGAAGGGGCAGGCUAUGAUGAUGAUACCAGCUGGCCAGAGAAAGAGGAUGAUGCAGUGAUACCUGGCCAGACCCACACUUAUGUGUGGGAGAUCUUACAGGAUCAAGGGCCAACCGGGUCUGACCCAAACUGUUUAACCUACGCCUACUCCUCUCACGUGGACAGCGUCAAGGACACCAACUCGGGCUUGAUUGGGGCACUGCUUGUCUGUAAGCCAGGGACCCUGGAGAAUACAGGAGCCCGGAGCACCUUACAAGAAUUUGUGCUGCUUUUCUCAGUGUUUGAUGAAGGCAACAGCUGGUACUCCAAAUCCAAUGCCUCCAUGGACAACAGGGCCCAGCUACACACCAUCAAUGGCUUUGUGCACAACUCCCUGCCUGGCCUCAAGGUCUGCCAGAAGAGACCAGUCUACUGGUAUGUCAUUGGCCUGGGCACCAGGCCCGAAGUCCAUUCCAUUUUCUUUGAGGGCCACACUUUCCUCGUGAGUCACCACCGCCGUGCAACACUGGACAUCUCCCCGGCCACUUUCCUCACUGCUGAGACGACGCCCAGCACCAGUGGCACGUUUCGGAUGUUCUGCCAGAUCCCGUCACACCAGCAAGCUGGCAUGGAAGCUUUGGUGACAGUGGAAAUCUGUCCAGAGAAGAAGAUGAGGGUAGCAGAACCGGAGGACGACUACGAAGAUUACAGUGAGGAUGAUCUGGAAAGCAUGGUGUUCAACAUGGGGGAGUUUGAGCCCAGGGUCGUUGGCCGUUCCCGGGUCAAAUGGCGGCCUUCGAUCUGGAAGCAUUACAUCGCAGCAGAGGAAGUUGAAUGGGACUAUGCCCCAAUCAAGCCCACCUACCUGGACAGUGCUUACACUAGUCAGUUUCUGGAAAGUGGUCCCCACCGGAUUGGCUCCAAGUAUAAGAAAGUGAUGUUUGUGGAAUAUGAAGAUGAGACCUUCACAAGGCGGAAGGCCUCAAAGCCAGAUCACAUGGGAAUUCUGGGGCCUGUCCUCAAAGGAGAAGUUGGCGAUGAGUUUGUGAUAACAUUUAAGAAUAAGGCCAGCCGGCCGUACAACAUUUACCCCCAUGGUAUCACCAAUGUCACUUCAUGGAAACGGAUGGUGACCACCAGACGUUUUGACAUGAAGCUCACGUCCAUACGAACUAACCAGGUGUUCAAGUACAGGUGGACCAUCAUGCCUGAAGACGGCCCCACAAGAUCUGACCCUCGCUGCCUGACUCGCUACUAUUACAGCUCAAUCAGGCCAGCUAAGGAUUUAGCGUCUGGGCUUAUUGGACCCCUGCUGAUCUGCUUUAAAGAGACCAUGGACCAGAGAGGGCAUCAGGUAAUGUCUGAUGAAGCCAGGUUUGUGCUAUUUUCCAUUUUUAACGAAAACCACAGCUGGUACUUGGCGGAGAACAUCAAACGAUCCUGUACUGAUGCGGCCAAUGUCAAACCCCAAGACCCCGAGUUCUAUGCCUCCAAUAUCAUGCACAGUAUCAACGGCUACGUGUUUGAUAACCUGCACCUGCAACUUUGCCAGAACAAAGUGGUGUAUUGGUAUGUCUUGAGCGUUGGCGCCCAGACCGAGAUCUUGUCUGUCUUCUUCUCCGGGAACACUUUUGAGCACAAUAGAGUCUUUGAGGAGACCCUCACCCUCUUCCCCCUCUCUGGAGACACGGUUUUCAUGUCCAUGGAGAAUCCUGGCUUAUGGAUGUUGGGGUGCUUGAAUCCAGACUUCAGAAGGCAGGGAAUGAGAGCCAUGAUCACGAUUUCCAAGUGCUCCCAGGAAGUGGAGACUGAAAAUGAAUAUGAUUACUACUAUGACUUUGAUGACGGCAUACCAGAUGACAUGACCAACUCUGACGCUUUCCAUGCCAGAGGCUUCCAGAAGGGAAAAAACCAUCUCCAGCCCUGCCCAGAGAAACUUCAGGGCAACCUCACCUCCACCUUAGGAAACAAAACGCAGGAGGGAGACCACAACUUGAGUCCAUGUCUCAAACAGCCCAACCAUCUUCUUAAACUAAAUGGCAAAAAGAAUUCCACUGACCCAUUGUUGUCUCCUGAGGAACCUUUAUACACAGAUGAUAUUUCUUCACCUUUUUCACAAGAAGAUUAUAGUUAUGAGAUCUUGCCCAGGGACGCCUUCCCAUCAGAAGAAGAACUGCCAGCCAUGCUAAAGCAAAGUUCCCAAGAGCACUCUCUUUUGAGAAACUCAUCUCUUGCUUGGAAAGAGUCACAUCAUAACGAGAGUUCCUUCGAGGUGACAACUAAUCUAGAUAAGAGGACGCUUGUCUUUGGAAUGCCCAGGCAAACUGAAGGAAAUGGGAUGAUCCAAGAGAACCCGGAGCAACAGGAGCCAGUAAAGAAUGUGAAUCCCCCAUCAAUGCCUCCAUCGGAAAAGAUGGAAGUAUUUCUUGAUGACCAUGUUACCGUCGCUCAGUCAAAGAAGUCAUUCAAUGGGAUGGGCCAUGUAGAAAACCUGGCCUUGAAUACAGGAACAUCCCCUCUUGAUGAUAAGUCAUCAGAACUAAAUAAAGUCAAUCCAGAUUCCAGGUUUCCUGGAAGAGCUUUGAUAAGAGAUGCAGCCACAACUGAAAGAUGGACCACUGUAACAUCAAUGCCUGCAAUGCUGUCAAUUGAGGAAGGAGCAUUGCAAAGAAUGGCAUCUAUGGACAAAAGCAGUUCCUUCAAUGCAAGUGGUCCUUCUGCAUCAUUAGAUGACUUGAAAGGUGAGCCAGUUUUUCAGAACAUGUCAUUGGAGAAUCAAAGGACUGGUCCCUCAGAAUUAGAAAUUGAGCUUGGGACUGGAGACCUGGUAACCCAGAGCACUGACAUGACCACACGACAUUCAAAUAGCUCCUCAUCUCAGAAAGCAACUGUCCAAGAGAAUGAACCAUUCGCAAAUGGAGAAUCGUUAGAAACAGGAAAGAUGGGUCUUUCCUCGCUAGUAGAGCAAUCCUCCACAACGAUGGGAAACCAGGGCAACUCUACAUCUUUAACGGAAGACUUCCUUCUUGGCAAUAAUGGUACACAUCUAGUCUCCCAUCAUGAAGCACGUGACUCAAGCUCUCUUGAAAAGAGAUUCCAGGAUCAUGAGACAGAGAAGAUUCUGCAACUUGGACAGGACAAAGCUUCAGAAAACUCAGAUCUUUUGGAUCUUUUGAAUGAACACAACUCCUUGUUUGCACAGAAUGGCGAGACAAUAGAUUCUGAUAAAUUGACCAGCAACCCAACUGUUAUAGAUGAGGCUACUAAUGACAUUCUGGACAGUGAUGAUAGACUCUCUACACAUCCCUUUCGCAGUAGUCAAGAAACACGUGGGUUAACACUCCAAAAAGAUGUCCAGAAAGCUAGCCAAGGCAAGGAUAUCCCUGAGAAAGAAAAUGAAGCUUUGCUCAGAUUUGAUGCCAUACUCAACAGGGGCUUGUCAGAAAAAGAUGUUUUAUAUCAAGGGGGUACAACUCCAUCACAGCUGGUUGAGCUGAGGAAUGAUAUAGGUUCUGAAGAGCUUGUAAGAGAAGGAGAGAGCCAGCUACAGUCAACAUCAGACAUUGAGAGCUAUGAAAAGUCAGUUGAUGGGGCAACAUUGAGGCGCUGUCAAAAGGGCUCUCAGGGAUGUGGUGGCCACUUGGAAAAGAGGGCUCUGAGAUCACAGAGAGCCACGUCAGAAAAAACAGAUGCUGUAGGAGGGAGGGAAAUGAAGAUUUCUGGCAAAACUGAAGGAACUACCCAGGCUUUGCUCAAUGGUAAUUUCUUCAAAACAAGCAAUAAGGCCAAGGCCUUUAUAACAACGGCAUCGUUGACAGGUGAAGCUGCAGGAGGCCAUCAAGCAGCCAGCCCUGGCAUGAUGACAGCUUCAUCUUCUCCUCUGUCCAGCUCAAUCCAAAACACUCCAACCUCAUCUUCACUGAACAUCCCUGAUUCCCAAGAAGGAACCGUACAGGUGGUCCCUCAAGAUGGAAGCAAACAGGCCAGGAAGGGAAGCCAUUUACCUCAGGAAAUGGGGGGUGUAAGGAGUUUUGCCAUUCUCCCUGGUUCUUCCAAAACAGAAACAACCCAAAGGGACCAUGACAUGGAAAGCAAACUAGGACUGACCCCCACCGAUGGAGGCACUAAUUCUAUUCCCCAGAAGACCAUUGGGCAGACAAGUAAGGAUGGACUUCUUGUAACACCAGAGGUUCCAAAGAUGGGGUCUACUGACCCAGACACUCUCUUGCAUCUGCAGCUGGGAGAGUCUAGCAUUGCUGAAGGACAAAAGUUAGGAAAUAGCUCCUUGAAGGUUGCUAUGAAGAGGGAGGAGGCUGAAAUCUCAGCAAAUCAGGCCUCAGCAGAAAAUGACCUGUUCCCUCAAGAUCACCUGGUCAUCAACCAGACCCUUCAAGAAGAUCUGUCAGAGGAAACAGAGAGGCAGAGCAAACUUGAGGUUUUUCAUGGUGAAGAUGGCAACAUUCCUCCCUCAGGUGGUAAAACACCAAUAUUUGAAAGGGAGGAAGAGGCUGGAAUGCCAUUACAGGAAGUCAGCAAAAAUGAAAGCAAUGCCCCAGAAGCCCAAAUUCAUGCGGAGAUCUCCAUGGCACCUUCAGGCUUCAACAGACCAGUGGGGACAAACACCUCAAAGCGCCUGAAAGUGGAAUCUGACUACGAUGACUACAGCAAGGCCGAAGAGAACAUGGAGGAUUUUGAUAUCUAUGGGGAAGAGGACCAUGACCCCCGUACUGCCUCCGGGAAAGUCCGACAAUAUUUCAUCGCCACCGUAGAGGUGAUGUGGGAUUAUGGGAGCCAUAUUACUUCGCCCUACCUAAGAGCCAAUGAUCCUAAUAACAAUUGGAGGAAGGUUUCCAAGGAGUACAAGAAGGUGGUUUUCCGAGAGUACCUAGACGGCUCUUUUACUCAGCCGUUGUUCCGUGGAGAGUUGGAUGAGCACUUGGGCAUUUUGGGACCAUACAUCCGGGGACAGGUUGAUGAUGUCAUCAUGGUGACUUUCAGGAACAUGGCUUCCCGCCCUUACUCCUUCCAUGCCAACAUGCUGCCCUAUGAGGAGAAUGGGGAGGAAGGGAAACAGCCUAAUCCAGACGUAGUGCAGCCAAACGGUGACCGGAAAUAUUCCAUCAAGGUGCUGCAUUCAAUGGCUCCCACAGCCAAUGAGUUUGACUGCAAAGCUUGGGCAUAUUUCUCCGGUGCUAACCUGGAGAAAGACCUGCAUUCUGGUCUUAUUGGGCCUCUGAUCAUCUGCAAAGCUGGGGUGCUGAGCACUGCACAUGUCAGGCAACUGUCUGUCCAGGAAUUCUCCUUGCUCUUCACCAUCUUCGACGAGACCAAGAGCUGGUACUUUGCUGAGAACUUUGAGAGGAACUGCCCGUCCCCCUGCCACCUCCAGAUGGACAAUCCUUCCUUUAAAACAAGCAAUACUUUCUAUGCUAUCAAUGGCUAUGUGAGGGACACGUUGCCAGGGCUGGUGAUGGGUCAACACCAGAGAAUCCGGUGGUACCUACUGAACGUUGGUGGUGCUGAGGAUAUCCACCCUGUCCACUUCCAUGGGCAAGUCUUCACCAUCCGAAUUGCCCAGGAGUAUCGCUUGGGAGUCUACAACCUCUACCCUGGUGCCUUUGAGACAGUGGAAAUGCAUCCAUCCCAUCCUGGGAUUUGGCGGGUGGAAUGUGCUAUCGGUCAGCAUGAGCAGGCCGGAAUGAGCGCUCUCUUCCUAGUGUAUGACCAGCAGUGCCAAAUUCCACUGGGCCUCGCUUCUGGGUAUAUUGGUGACUCUCAGAUCACCGCUUCAGAGCACUACGGUCAAUGGAUCCCCAGUCUGGCAAGGUUGGAUAACUCUGGGUCAAUCAAUGCCUGGAGUACUGCCCAAAGGAACUCUUGGAUCCAGGUGGACCUGCUGCGACCCAAGAUCAUCCAUGGGAUAAAGACGCAAGGAGCCCGGCAAAAGUUCUUCAGCCUCUACAUUUCCCAGUUCCUCGUCAUCUACAGCCUAGAUGGUCAGAAAUGGAAGAGUUACAAAGGCAAUUCCACCAGCUCCCAGAUGAUAUUCUUUGGGAACAUGGAUGCUGCAGGUGUGAAAGACAACGCCUUUGACCCUCCCAUUGUAGCUCGCUAUUUCCGCCUCCACCCGACACACUUCAGCGUCCGUAACACGCUGCGCAUGGAGCUCCUUGGCUGUGACCUGAACAGCUGCUCCAUGCCCCUGGGAAUGGAGAGCAAAACAAUCUCCAACGAACAGAUCUCGGCCUCCUCCUAUAUCGACACUGUGUUCUCCACUUGGGCUCCCUUUCUGGCCCGGCUGAACUUCGGUGGUAGAACCAAUGCAUGGAGACCAAACGUGGACAGCCAAACAGAGUGGCUUCAGGUGAACUUUAAGAAGACCAUGCGGCUGACGGGGGUAGUGACCCAAGGCGCAAGAUCCGCCUUCACCAAGAUGUUUGUGAGCGAAUUUUCUCUCUCAAGCAGCCUGGAUGGCCAGGAAUGGUCACCUGUUCUGCAAAGCAGGAAGGAGAAGCUUUUCCAGGGAAAUCACAAUCAUUUCAGCCCAGCGGUGAAUCUCUUCGACACGCCACUCUUUGCCCAGUAUUUGAGGAUACACCCAGUCCGCUGGAACAACCACAUCGCACUGAGGAUGGAAAUUCUGGGCUGCAACACCCAGCAAAGGGUCUAGCAUGAACCAAGCGGCUUUCUGCCUACUUCUCAGUGAACCUCCCAAAGGUGUGGAAGACCCAAAGCGGGACCUGAUGGACGCAUGCUUAUAACAACGACAAACAAACAAAACGCACACCUAACUAUACCGUUACCUGUAUAUUUUUUGAGAACAACGUCUUGAAACUUAAGGAACAAAUUAA